AGCCAUUUUGGCUCAAGAAAUUUUGGUUCAAGCCAGUGUCGUCCAAAACUGGCAACUUUAGGCGGAAGAGUUUGCGCAUUUUGCAGUCCUUUCGAGCAUGCAUCAUGUGUUUCACGUCGAAACCGAUUCUGCAGAGGAAUCGGUUCAAGGCAAAGUGGGAAGGCCUUGGGCCUCGGGAUUUAGGUUUUUUUGUGUAUGUGUGUGUGUGUUCACAUGUCCGAUUGCCCUCGCGCUCGGAUGGUUCACACACGAAUGGUUCAGACAACGGAUGGAUGAGUUUAAGUUUGAGUUUGAGGUUUGUUCCACGCGGCAUCUCGGUCUUGAUGAGCCGUCGCAUUGGGUAAGCUACAGGCAACUCCACAGGGAGGCCUGCAAGGACGUCGAGCAAAACUUGUCUGAUAAAGCCCGCAUUCUGAUAUUCGACUCGCACGACGGGGGAUUUGGGGACCAAUCCAAUGGAUUAUCAACAUCGCUGUAUUUGGCAAUGCUUACCAGACGAGCCCUCUUCGUGAAUUGGACACAUGAAGACACUGACUUCGGAGCGUUUUUGGGGAACAAUGCGCUAAACUUGGCGCUUCCCCUCAACUUCAGAGGCAAUUGCACACGGGCUAGAACCAGCGGCAAUAAACAUUGGGGGGGCAUAUACGCAGAUAUCUUGGACGAAGCGCCAUGCCUCAUAAUUCACACCAACAUGCCCCCUAGCAUUAUGCUUGAGAUUCUGGAAGGGACCGUCUAUAACAUGUCUGGCACAAUUGUGCCCAAGACCCACGCGGUCGGUUGUGCGAUGAGGUACCUCUUCAGUUUUGAAACGGCGUAUGCUAGCAUGGAGGACCAGGUGCGUUUGGUCAUGUCGAGAGAUAACGGGCCAAUCCCCGCACAGUACCUCGGAGUGCACAUGCGUUUCGGAGAUGGCAGUUUCGAGGGAUCAAAUGGUUCGAACACUACGAGGAAGCUGGUUGCAGAUGCUAUUGGUUGCGCGAUCCGACUGGGACAUCAGACUUUCGAAGCAAACGAUGAUUGGGGUAUUUUCUUUGCGUCUGAUUCACCGAGUGCGCGAGAAAUUGCAAUAUCUGAUCAGCGUGCAAUGGUUAUCAUGGUGAGUACAGGUCCAUGUCACACUUCUUCACACCAUUCGAAUGGAUUGCCAUGUUCGCUCUGGGGAUUCAUGGGAGAUCAACUCAUGUUGCAGCGAGCGAGAGGAGCUAGCUGUUCACUGCGGCGAUUUUGGACACGAGUGGGAUAGUGCUGGGUUAUGCAGGCCAAGUGGGUUCGGCAUUGUAGCAGCGGAGAUAUCACUUGUGCCAUUUCAGAAUAGGAAGGAAAUCGCACCAGCGGGUUGCGUGGCCGCGUCGCAUGAAACUAAUACCCUCGCGGAGCACUGGGUAUUUGGCGCGCGCGCGCAUCUGCCGAAUUCAUCGAGAACGGAUGUGCUCAGUGUUCCAGUAACGGAUGAGGAUUGAGAAUGGUGUCAAUGGUCCAAUCUUGCGUGCAUGCACCCUGCUGGCCGUCGGCCUGAUUUAACAAGUCUAGAAGCUUCGCAAAAAUAGUUACACAAACAUUGGUUUUCUGAGGACUUCUUGGAUCGGCACUGGGCUCCCUUAAGGGCGCCUCCUGGCGCCGCGCCCCGCGCGCCAGGGAUUGGCUUUCAGCGGCAGUCCAAGAGAUCCGCGCGCUCCGGCAGCUGAGGUUUACGCAGAUGCUCCGCCCAGAGUGAAGCAGCUGUCCGACGCUAUUGCUGGCCGAUCAUUGUGACUAUAGUUAUCAGUUUGUUCUCCUCUCCCCCUCUCUCCUUCCCUCCCCCCCUCCCCCCCUUUUCCCUCCUCCCUCUUCCAUGCCAUGCCGGUGUAAUUCCCACCGCCGCCCACCACUGUAAUACGCAGUGGCUGCAGUGGGGCGCCUUGGCAUCCGGCUGUAAUACGCAUGAAUUGUCUUGGCCUUUUGUAGUUUGUCAUGCACUGCCGAUGCGCCGUGUUGUCGCGGCUUCUUCCUGCCAGGUCCUUCCCGUGCAGGAUAGCGCUCGACACCAUCUCUUAUUGUCGGUGGCCUGCCCCCCCCCAA